UCCGCCGUGGCCGCCGUACAGAAAGAAGCACUUUUCCCGCAGCUGGCUGGUCCGCGCCGAGGCAGCAGGAAUAUGCUCAUGAAGGAGUACCGGAUCUGCAUGCCGCUCACGGUGGAAGAGUACAGAAUUGGGCAGCUGUACAUGAUAAGCAAGCACAGCCAUGAGCAGAGCGACCGAGGGGAAGGUGUGGAAGUGGUGCAGAACGAACCCUAUGAAGAUCCAAAUUACGGCAAUGGUCAGCUAACAGAAAAACGGGUCUAUCUCAACAGCAAACUACCUAGCUGGGCUAGAGCAGUUGUUCCCAAAAUAUUUUAUGUGACAGAGAAGGCUUGGAAUUACUAUCCUUAUACAAUCACAGAAUACACAUGUUCAUUUUUGCCUAAAUUCUCCAUUCAUAUAGAAACAAAAUAUGAGGACAACAAAGGAAGCAAUGACAGUAUUUUUGACAAAGAAGCUAAAGAUCUUGAGCGAGAAGUCUGCUUCAUUGAUAUUGCCAGUGAUGAUAUUCCUGAGCGCUAUUACAAAGAAUCAGAGGACCCUAAGUAUUUCAAGUCACAGAAGACUGGGAGAGGCCACUUAAAGGAAGGCUGGAGAGAGACUCACCAGCCAAUUAUGUGUUCCUAUAAACUUGUGACUGUGAAAUUUGAAGUUUGGGGCCUUCAAACCAGAGUGGAGCAAUUUGUACACAAGGUGGUCAGAGAUAUCCUAUUGCUUGGACACCGGCAGGCUUUUGCCUGGGUUGAUGAGUGGUAUGACAUGACAAUGGAUGAAGUGCGAGACUUCGAACGAGCAACUCAGGAAGCCACCAACAAGAAAAUUGGGAUUUUCCCGCCUACAAUAUCUAUCUCUAACAUUGCAAUGCCUUCUUCAACCCGCAGUGCUCCGUCUAGUGCUCCGUCUACUCCUCUCUCUACAGAUGCUCCUGAAUUCCUGACAGUUCCCAAAGAGCGGCCUCGGAAAAAGUCUGCUCCAGAAACUCUCACUCUUCCAGACCCGGCGAAGAAAAACCUUUAAAUUGAACCCAGCAUGUUUCCUUCUGAUAAGCCAUGUCUACCACAGGAAGAGUAACUCAAAGGUCAUGACGGUUGGUUGCUUGAUUUUUGUUUAAAAUAAUCUUACUGCUGUGGAGAGAUUGCUACUUUACUCGGAUAUGAUUCUUAAAACGUUCAGAGAAGUGCAUGCAAGAGAACGUAAUUCAUAUAUUCCUGAGGUGUUCCAAGCCAUAUGGCACAUCUUCUGAGACGCAACCAAGUAAUCUGAGGCGAAUCCUAUAAAAGAAAAAAAAAAUUCUUUCUGUAGCAGUUUGCCUAGCUACAAAUCUUCAUCUAGGUCAUGCCAUUUAUAACUAGGAGUAGGUAUUUAGUAAAGCUGCCAAGGACUUCUGAGGCAAAUUUGUGCCAACUAGAAUGCAGGGUUAACAGGAAAAAAGUCCCAUUUUCCGCUCUGUCGACUGAUUUUUCAAUCCUUCCUCCACUCAAGCUUCUCAUAUGUGUUCUUAAACCUUUGACCUGCAGCUCAUUGUACUUGAACACCCACAACAAUCGUUUGGAUUCACAUUUUGCUUAAUAUGACUCAGGAGUUGGGGCCAGGCUAACACGAAGCUUUUCAAACCUGAAGUAUCACUGUAUGGAAGCCCCAGUUGUAAUUAAUCAUACUAACUUUGAGGCCAUUCAGCUAUUUCUAUCUUGCACAGAAUUUGUAAAAGGAGCCACCCUUUCUUGUAAAUAAUGUAUUUUAAUAGCCCUCCCCUGUACUUCUGUGAUCUCUUCAGUCUGUAUUGGUGUUCACGACUCCUGUCCUAUGUGUAGAUGGAAAAACAAACAGCUAUUUUGAACCAGCUUGGGAGGAGAACCAGUGAAUUCUGCCCUGUCCUCACCGUAAAACUAAUCCCGGUGCAAGACCUUGGUGUAAAGGCAAGAAAAUAGGAGAUUCCUCCGGGCUCUUCCUUAUCCUGCC